AUGUUCACUUACGACCCUCUUCAGGAGAAACAUCGCGAGAUCAGGCUCGUUCGACUGGACCCGUCCACAUUUGCCGCGAACAGCCCGGACGAUGCCGCUGCGCCUGAGACCAUCUCACUGGAGAUGCGGCAUGCGUCUAUGAACGAUGAAAUUGAUUACGCGGCAUUAUCGUAUACCUGGGGAAGCCCCCAGGACACGGAGGAGAUCAUCGUCAAAGGCACACCGUGUCCUGUAACCCGAAACCUGGCUGCAGCGUUGAAACAAUUCCAUCAGCAGAAGCUGCAGUCGUGGCUAUGGAUCGACGCAAUCUGCAUCGACAUGUCAAAUGCUCCCGAAAGACACUUGCAAGUUGGUUCCAUGAGAGAGAUCUACAGUCACGCCAACGUGGUCCAUAUCUGGCUGGGACCAGGCUCUUUGGAGACCGACUUGGCGAUGGAUUUGGUGUCUCGUCUAGGCCCAGCCGCAGUCGCCUGUGACGUGGCGAGCUUACACGACCAUCACAAAGUGCCGCCGGAGGUUAAGUCCUACAUCAAGAAGCGUGCUGACUCCCGAGAUCUAGAUGGAGGGACCGAAGAUACCUCCGGGUCCGCGUUGGGGAUGUUUCUCUACGAUCUUUUCGAGGAGGAGGGCUUAACCGGCAAAAGGGAACCUGGGAGUGGCGGAGGCCCCCUGAAAUCUGGAAUUGCGAACAUUCUGAGACGAGAUUACUGGCAUCGCAUCUGGGCUUUCCAAGAAGUGAUUUUAUCAAGGGAAGCCAUUGUAUAUGUUGGCACAAGAACGGUCUCGCUCGACAUGUUCGACGCAAUAUUCACUGCAAUGUGGAGCUACUGGAUCCACGAUCUCAGCCGUCUGCAACCAAGGUGGAAUAACUUCCGGACGGGCUUAGGAGGAACGCUGUAUACUAUCAAGGGGCUUGAUACCCGUCGUUGGAUGCGAUUUCCUUCCGGCCCUGUGAAACCGAAGCUGGCAAAUAUCUUGUGGGAACAUGUCGUCGCACCGAGCCGCCCCUUCUACAGCGCGACAGACCCCAGAGAUAUCCUAUACGGGCUUCUAGGCAUAAUUCCAGUAGAGCAAGCUAAGAGAGUGCGCGUCGACUAUCAGAAACCAGUUGCCGAGGUGUUCACAGAAAUAACCAGAGCCCUGCUUGAUGAAUCCAGCAGCCUUGAAAGGCCGGAACCGCAUGCUUUUUACCUAGACUCUUGUCUUCCAGGGGAAAUAGACGGUCCUCUACCCACGUGGGUUCCCGAUUGGGGGGAGAUUGGAAAGUACGGAGUGCGAACUUGGGAAAUCAAUUACUUUCGAUACUUCAAUGCUGCUGGAAACAUACCCCAGCCAGCCUCUACUCUAAGCAAUGGUGUUGGAAGUCUGGGGAUAAUCUGCAAGGCUGGAUGCCGUGUUGAUGUGAUUACCAAAGUUAUGGAACCGCCUGAGUGGAUUCAGAUGGAUCGGUAUUGUGCAUCGCGAAUCUGGGACGCAGACGCCUGGGUUCAACAGAUCGCUCGCUUCGUCGGAUUGGGCCCCGAGUCAGGGCCUGGGGAGGAUUACAUUUGGCGCACGGCUCACACUCGUUCCACCCGUCGAAUCAAAGCUGAUGAGGCCACUCGUGAACUGGUCCGCAAGAUUAUGCGGCAUGAACAUAUUGAUGCCGGAAGUUUAACGAAUGAGCAAGUCCAGUAUAUCUAUGAGGCUCGCAAUGGCCGUUCCUUCGACUGGGCUCCUACGGGCCCCAGGGACGACCAGCUCCGACUUUUCGCAAGUGAAUGGCGACGGAGCGUGGGUAGUUGCAGCAGAAACCGGACCUUUUUCAAGACCGCGAAAGGGAUGCUUGGUCUUGGGCACUUAGCAGUUGAGACUGGUGACAUCGUAACCCUUAUCUGGGGUGUGCGUUCACCAAUCGUCCUCAGACAGCGAGCGGAUGGAGGCUUUUAUUUUCGUGGGGAUGCUUAUGUAGAUGGGAUCAUGCAUGGCGAAUUUCUUGCUACCUGCCCUGCACAUGAGGAGUUUUCAAUACAUUAA